ACAGAAAAAAGGGAGAGAUAGAGAGGGAAAGGGUUUUCGAUGCGUAACAAAAAGCAGAGCCAGACUCGAGAGAGAGUCGUUUACAGUACUUCGACAAAUAUAUCUUCUUGUUGACACGGCGGAACCCUAGCGGGAGGCGGAGCAACCCAGCCCUUUUCGAAGGUUUAUCAGAUCUGAACCUCCGGCCGGCGAGCGGAAGAGGUACCCUAACAUAGUGAAACAGCAUGGGCGCCAGAGGAGGAGGAGGAGGCAAAACCAACAAUGGAACCUCUGGAAUCCCGGCAGAGUGGCGGAAGAUGGUCCAGAGCUUAAAAGAGAUUGUAAAUAACUGCACCGACCAGGAGAUCUAUGCUACCCUCAGAGAUUGUAAUAUGGAUCCUGAUGAAGCCGUUAAUCGCCUUCUGACGCAAGACCCUUUUCACGAGGUGAAGAGCAAACGAGAAAAGAAAAAAGAGAAUAAAGAUCCGAUUGAUUCCAGAUCUCGUGGUCCUAACAUCCCUUCCAGUCGUCCAAGUAAGGGUGGUACAGAUCGUUAUGCUGGACGUGGUAGCUUGAACCAGUUUGGUUCCAGUGAAUCUGGUGUCUUGCACAGUAAACCUGUGUACAAAAAAGAAAAUGGAGCUAAUGAUCAAGCUGGUUCAUCUUCUGCAUCUGGUCAGUCGGGAAAUCAGACAUACUACCAAUUCCCAUCUCACAGCAACAAUGUGGCUACAGAAAAUAAGUUAGCGGGAUUAGGUGCAGGAGAUGGAGCAAUUUCAUCCUCUCAGUCAUCUUUUGGCUAUCAAUCUGGCUGGUUAGGUGCUCAGGGCCAAGUAUCAAUGGCUGACAUUGUUAAGAUGGGAAAACCUCAGGGCAAGAGUUCCUCGGUGCAAAACACUUCCCUUCAAGGUGCUAGUUCGCACAACAGUGUUCCAUUUCAAUGUGCACCAUCACUCCAGAAUUUUCAUACAGCUCAACAUCAGGCUUCCACAGUUCCAGAAGUUCACACUGGCCCGGGUAUUAUGAGUCAGCAGGCAGCUCUUGAUGAUGAAUGGCCCUCAAUUGAGCCUCCUCAAGCUGUCAGUAUCUCUAGUACCAUAGAAUCACCUGUAGUCUUGGAUUUGCAUUCAAAUCCAGCCAACUUAUCCUUGGAUGGUGCUAAUCAGCAUAUACAUCAAGAAAAGGUUCAGGGGGUUGAAGGUGGUUCUAUUGACGCAAUUGAUGCAAAUCAUGACGCGCAUGCUUCUAUACUGGGUAGAAAUAUGCAAGAGGAUAAUUCUCGGGGUACUUCUGUGUCAGAUAGUAACUUAUAUGAUGACAUGAGCUCCUACCUGCCACAAAGGCAUGCUAUUGAACAUAAUGAAGCUGAAGAAGGCGUUUCAUCAAUGUCUGCAAAUUUUCAGCAAUUAAGCUUACAGAAUGAAGAUCAGGGCUCACCACCUGAAGAGGAUAAUCCUUCUGUUGUAAUUCCACAUCACCUCCAGCUUCACACCCCAGAUUGCUUUCAUUUGAGCUUUGGAAGUUUUGGACCUGGGACUAAUGCUGCGUUUUCUGGGUCUGGGACAUUUCUUAACAGGCCUCCGAAUAGUAAUGUAGAGGAGGCCUCUGCACCAGCAGAUGUCUCUUCAGUUGGUCACUCCGAGGCUAGAAAUUCUGAGUAUUAUGAGGAUGAUGCUAACUCAGAUGGGAAUCUAAUCCAUAGAACUAGUGCAAGUGGUGGAUAUUACGAAACUCCUGCGACACAAGCCGAGGUGAAGCAGGAAAGCUCUGAAAAUUCUCAGGCUAAUCUAUAUGCAUUUCCAUCCUCUUCUCCUUCAUUUAGUUAUGAGAGCAAUCAACCGUCUGAAAUUCCAUUCAUACAGAAUAGUUCAGAAAUGCAGAAUCUUGAGAGGGCAAUGCUAGCGUACACAAAUACUUUAUCCAACAAUAUGUUGUUGGCUUCCACAUCUCAGACAGUUAGAGAGGAUCCUCCAUAUUCACCUUUUCCUGACACACAAUCACUGCCAAAAUACAGCAACGUUGCCUCUUCUAUCACUGGCCCUUCCAUGUCCAUGCCGGAGGUUCUAAGAACAAGUAGCAUUUCAACUUCACAGCCUACUCCACAGUCUAAUGUUGCAGCAGGACCGGCUCUUCCACAACACCUUCCUGUUCAUCCUUAUUCUCAGCCCACACUUCCUUUGGGACACUUUGCCAAUAUGAUUAGCUACCCUUUCUUGCCACAGAGCUACACAUAUAUGCCAUCUGGUUUCCAGCAAGCAUUUGCAGGUAACAGUACAUACCAUCAAGCUUUGGCAGCAGUACUUCCACAGUACAAAAAUAGCAUCUCUGUUAGCAGUUUGCCUCAAUCUGCUGCAAUCGCUUCUGGUUACGGAUUUGGAAGUUCAACUAGCAUUCCUGGAGGAAAUUUCCCGCUUAAUCCACCCACAGCACCAGCAGGCUCAUCCAUUGGCUAUGAGGAUGCUUUAAGUUCUCAGUACAAAGAUAGUAACCAUUUACUCUCACUUCAGCAGAAUGAAAACCCAGCGAUGUGGAUUCAUGGGCCCGGUUCCCGGACGAUGUCUGCUGUUCCUGCCAGUGCGUAUUACAGCCUCCAAGGGCAGAAUCAACAAUCGAGUGGAUUCCGACAAGGGCAACAGCCUUCACAGCAAUUUGGGGCUCUGGGAUAUCCGAACUUUUACCAUUCCCAGGCGGGCAUAUCACUGGAUGGGCAGCAGCAAACCCUGAGGGACGCAUCUCUUGGAGGGUCUCAAGGUCAACAGCCGAAGCAGUCGCAACAGAUAUGGCAAAACAGCUACUAAUAGAGGCUGAGUGUUUCGUAGUAGUGGCCAAUCAGAGGUGACCUUAUGAUCUGGCAUUAAUUUAUUAAUGAAAUGUUAUUAAUUGGUCUGAAGAGAUCGACUGGCCACUGCCCUGUGCCACGAGGUUGUAUUCUACACAAUAUCAUUGUCUGGUUAUGUUUAACGAGGUCUGCUAAUUUGGAUAGUGAACAAACUACACUCUUUUCAGUCCCAUUCUCUCUCGUAGUUAUGGUAUGAAGAAGCAUUGUUUUCCUGCAGUUUUCACCUAGUAUAACAUUUAAUUCAAAGGUGUUUUUGAAA